AUGGACGCCUAUGGACAACAACUGGAGAAGUACCACACGAGCCGUGAGAUCGGGUCGGCGCUGGAGGAGUUCAUACCCAUCGAGCACGCCAGGCACGAGAAUCUGGCGACCGCGAAGAACGUGUCGUUGGAGAAGACGAGCUGGAUGACGUCCGCAUAGCUGUGGAGCGGAGAUGAUGACUAUGGCGGCAACCGGAACUUGCUGCCCAGCAACCAGCGGUGAAAAGGCGGCCCAUUUCUUCCUUCUAUCAAAGAACCAGGCAACAAGGGGAGAGACGUUCUACCAGAUAUCACCAUAGCUUCAGCAGAAAAAACUCUGCACAUGGAGGAGAGUUCGGAGGUCGUGCCGAGGAGAGAUUACUGCGGCAAAGACGGUGUAUAUUUCGCUAGGGAAGAGAGAGGGAAAGGCAUUGAGUCAACGGCGAACCCAAUAUACAAGGGUGGGUACGGGCAGAGGAAGAUCAGAAGGUGCUGGUCGCCGGACCUGCACAGGCGGUUCAUCAAUGCCCUACAGAUUCUGGGUGGGUCUCGAGGUAAAUUAACAACAAAUUAUAGAGUAAGCCAAACAAGAAUGGGACUGAUAGGUACCCCUAUCUGCCGGAUUAUCAUUGGGACGAUAAUAGUCGGAUGGACGAUAGCCUGUGGUCAUAUGUAAAAAAAGAACCCAAAGAGAGGGGGAACGAGAGGGAGAGAAUGAAAGGCAGGAAGACUAGUCAACUGAAGGAAAAGGACAAGAAAGGGCCACUGAUCCGUAGAGGGGAUCAGGCUCUAGGGACCCUUUGAGCGGGUGAGACUCUACCAUUUUCUUUCCUCCUUUUGAUGUAUUCCUCUGAUCCUUACAUAGACCCCGCUUGGUUACUUAGUCUUCUGCCUCCCUCGUCUUCUGUGGUGCUGUUUCUACUUUCAAGUCCCUGUGUUGUCAUUCGGGUUGAUGUUCAAGAUCGCCAUCGACUCGGGAGUGGUGUUGAUGAUGACGUUUCUGCUUUUGAGUCCUUGCGUUAUCUUUCGUGUUGACAUUCAAGAUCGUCGUCGACUCGGGAGUGGUGUUGAUGAGAGUAUCUCAUCAAUACUCCCCCCUAAAAGCUUCACCUUGUCCACAAGGGGAAACUUUGGAAAAGCGUGGAGGAUGCUUUUGCUGAUUCCCAGGUUGACUCCGUUGUAGGAAGGUCACGCCAUUUUACCAGUACCUUGGGUCUUUGGGGUGUGUGACGUGUCGCAGUGACCUUCUUUGGAUUGACCUUCCACUGGUUCCCGUUGUUGAGUAAGAGAGGUUGCGGCUGUAUGUGCUAGUCGCCCUUAGCUAGUUUGAGCCGUGAGAUAUGAAAGACGGGAUGUAUGUGAGACUCUGGGGGUAGCUUGAGGCGGUAGGGCACAACACUAAUACGGUUCAGUAUACAGAAGGGUCCGAAAUUCCAUACCGUUAACUUCUCAAAGGGUCACCAUGCGAGUGACUUGAGGUGGUAUGGGCGGAGGCAGAGGAAGACCCAAUCGCUCGGGCCGAAGUCCAUGUUGCGGCGCUUCCUAUCAGCCUAUUGCUUCAUUUUGAGGUGAGCCUUCUGGAGAUGUUCCUUUGGUUGGUGGAGACACGCGUCUCGCUCACGAAACAACUGAUCCACUCCCUCUGUGGAUGCUGAAGCUUCUUCAUAGCGGAUGAGGGUCGGGGGUCUCGGCUAUACAUGGCUUGGAAUGGUGUGGUCCUCGUGGAGGAGUUGAAGGUGGUGUUGUACCACAACUCCGCCCACAUAACCAUUUGGUCCACUACCGUGGGUGAUCUCCUGCGACGCAUCGUAGGUAGGUUUUGAGACCACGAUUGACUACUUCCGUUUGGCCGUCAGUCUGCGGAUGGUGAGUGCUGGUGCGGUGUAGCAUGGUACCCUGAAUCUGAAAAAGCUCCUGACAAAAGCAUCUGAGGAAGAUCUAGUCGUGAUCUGAUAAAAGUGUAUUCGGUAUUCGUAGAGCUUGACCAUGUCUCAGACAAAGAUCUGGGCAACAUCUGCACCAGUGAAGGGAUGCUUCAAGACGGAGAAGUGGGGGUACUUACUCUGGUGGUCGACCACUACUAUGAUGGUGUUGAAUCCACUAGCGAGUGGUGAGCCUUCGAUGAAGUCCAUCGAGAGCUCCUCCCAGAUCUUUUCCGGAAUGGGAAGGGGCUGGAGUAAGCCAGCAGGACAUAGAUUUUCUGCCUUGCUAUGUUGACGUAUACAGCAUUAACCCACGUAUGCCUUGACGCAGGCUUUGACGCCUGGCCAGUAGGCAUUUUGCAAGACCUGUUUGUAGGUCUGAAGGAAUCCCGAGUGGUCUCCAGUCAUUGAGUCGUGAAACUCGUAGAUGGGUUUGGGAUCAGAGAAGAUACGUGAGCUAGUACUAGAUGGCCAUUUUGGAGCAAGACGCCUCGUUGUAGCUUGUAUUUGGGCCAUUUGGUAGUGUAUGCUUGGAGGUCAAUGAUGAUGGAGCUAGUCCAAUCGUCGUGCUCAUAUUCUCGUUGGAUCUGGUCAAAGUCGAGUGCCAUCAUUGUGGAGACUAAUGCAAAGAGCUCUGGGUCAUUGGGGCGCCGAGACAGUGCAUCUGCGGCCUUGUUGAUUGACCCCGCCUUAUAAGAGAUCUGAAAAUCAAAGCCCGUGAAUUUAUUAAGACAUCAUUGGUAUUUCGUUGUUACCUGCCUUUGGUCUUGUAAGAACUUAAGUGCGCGUUCAUCGGUGUAGAUCAUGAAUUGCCGCACCAAAAGAUAAUUCUGCCAUUUAAGGACCGCGAGUACGAUGGCCAUCAGCUCGCGCUCGUAGACAAAUCGGAGACGCUUUGAAAUGGUCAGUCCCUUGUUGUAGAAAGCCACUAGCCGCCUCUAUUGCAUCAAUACGGCCCCAAGGCCAUGGCCGGAAGCAUCUACCUCGACUUCGAAAGGUAAAGAGAAGUCCAGGAGGGCGAGAACUGGGGCGGAGAUCAGUUACUCCUUGAGUUGUUGGAAUGCGGCCUCUGCGUCGGAGCUCCAAUGAAACGCGUCGCAUUUCAGCUGCUGCGUCAACGGCCAUGUCAGGUUCCCAUAUCCUAUGAUGAAUCGGUGGUAAUAGCCGGUGAGACCCAAGAAUCCCCAAAGUUCUCUAAGGGUCAUUGGAGAUGGCCAGCUGGUGACUACUGUGAUCUUCUCUACAUCCAUAGUCACCCCGUCAGUGGAGAUGAUGUGCCCUAAAGACAUGAUGCGUUCUUCGCCGAAGAUGCAUUUCUUGAGGUUGACCUACAGGUCAUUAGCAGCGAGUUUUGCAAAGACUAACCGCAAGUGAUGACAGUGCUCCUCCUCUGUCGUGCUAUACACCAAUAUGUCGUCGAAGAAGACUAAAACAAAGCGUUGAAGGAAGAGUUUGAAGACUUGAUUCAUGAGUUAUUGGAACGUUGUCGGAGCGUUCUUCAGGCCGAAGGGCAUGACGAUGAACUCAUAGUGUCCCUCGUGCGUGCAGAAUGCCGUCUUGGGAAUGUAUUCCAGCCGCAUUCGGAUUUGGUGGUAUCUCGAGCGGAGAUCUAGUUUGGAGAAGAGGUGUGCACUACGCACUAUGCACACUGAAUAAGGUGACAAUUUUCAACCGAUUUAUGAUUCCCAUUGUCGACGAGCUUCUAUAGCAAGGUUGUAGAAGAUGUCGUUGCCGGCCACCCUUUCUUCCGAUCUAGUGGUAACCCGGAAUGGGGUUACGAUGAUUGGACCGGUCUUUAAGGGCAAGAAAAUUAUGAGACUCACCAGUGUCAACAAAGAUGGAGACUGGCUGCUGCCAGAUGGUCCCUUGCAUCUUGAAUGUACCAACUGAAACUUCCUCAUCUAUCGCAUUGAUAUCUACAUCCAUGGUGGACAGUCCUGCCUGCAGUAGUGGCCAUUCUAGGGAUGUUUGGGUUUCCCCCUUUUCUGGUUCAUUGUGGACCAACAGGACCUUCGGCGCAGAGCGGCAGUGGUGGCCCGGGGCAUAAGGUUCAUUACAGGUGAAACACAACCCGUUUGCGCGUCCUGUCUCGUAUUCGGCUGUAGUCAAACGGAUCUUCCGUUUGCCCACAGUGAAUGGAGGGUUCAGGCUUGCCUCUUGAGUGACCGGUUCGGUUGAUGCUCUUCGGCGAAGUGAAAAAGGAUCUACGACCUCCUUAGUUGGCCCAAAUGUUCGGGAGCGCGGCACCUCGGCAGUUCGGAAAUUCUCAGAAAUUUUGUUUUUCGCCUUCUGAGCGAGGGUCAUCAGGGCAUCAAGUCUGACAGGCCCAACGAAACUGACCUCCUGUUGCAGCUCGCUCUUUAACCCGUUGAAGAAGGCAUCCUCCAAUAGUGGCUCGCUGAUCGUUAGGCAGAUCGUCGACCACUGAUGCCAUGAGUUCGAAAUGGUCCCAGUAUUCUAAAACUGAGCUCUCUUGAGUAAUUUUGAGGAGCCGUUGCCGUAGGGAUCUAGAGUUGUUGGGGCUGAAACGCCCGAGGAGGCGAUUUUUGAAGUCGUCCCAAUCCCAGAAUGGGGCUCGACGAUAGGUGAGGUGGAACCAAUGUAAGGCUGGUCCGUCAAGGUGGACCCCUAUCGUGCAGAGCUUGGCCGCGGGGGAAACCUGGUAGAUGGAGAAGAUGAGUUCAGCCUGAAAAACCCAUCCCUUCGCAUCCUGGCCGCUGAAUAAGGGCAGUUCUUGUCGACGCUCGCCAUGCCAUGGUUCAGUGGUCUCUCUGGGGCGGAAAAGAGCUGCGGGGGCUGUAGGCCAGUCGCCCGGCUCGAUGUCGUCACUGUCGACUCGGGAGUGGUGUUGAUGAGAGUAUCUCAUCAGAGACCCAUCGGCAGCUAAUACUCUUCUACUUCGUCCACCCAAUUUGUGGAAACAGUGGCUACUCCUAAGCAAAUUAGGGAAAUGAUGAAGGUUGAUGGGCUGACGAAUGAUGAAGUCGAGAGCCAUCUUCAGGUACCAACACGAACAAGCUCGAUCGGAUGUCUUAUGUUCUCAAUUAUUUUGUAAAAUAUAGUACUCUACUAAUAACCUGCAAACAUAGAUAAUAGUAGAAACCGAGGUUUAUUAAUAAUCUCCUCGUGAUUGAACGUAAGGUUCCAUUGAUGCUUUACGUAGAUUUGGUCUGCUUCCUCUGAAUUGAUACCGCCAGAAGUACCGGCUACACGCGAGACGCCCGGAGAGCGAAGAGUACAACUGGCGUAUCACGGAGAGCUCCACCUGGAUGAGUGUGAAUGAGAAGGCACUGUUUCCCGUGAGGGAGGACGCGGAGCUCAGCAAUCAUAGUAAUAACGUCGCUCUCAUGUUCUAG